AUGUCAUCGCCGACGCGCGUCACCACGAUUCGUCGUACAGUUGUUGAGCAGGGUAGAAGAACGUUACCAAACACUGCUGUUUUAGACGAUGGCGGAAAGAUCAUGGUCAUUGCCACUGUACGCGGUCAACAUGAAUACGAGAAAGAAGAAUUGUCAAAGUUAAACGAUCGGUUCCUAGAUUACAUUACUCGUGUUAGACAAUUGGAGUCAAUCAAUAAACGUGUGCAGGUAGAACUAGAUGAUCUUCGACGUUUAUGGGGAUUCGAUUCAAGUCGUGUGAGACAGGAAUAUGAAGCACAGAUUGACAAAAUUCGACACUCAAUGGAAACGGCUGUUGUCACCAAAGCGCAAAGUGAAAUAGUAAUGAAUCGUGCCGAAUU